AUGGAAUCAAUCAUCUUUCUGAGCGAUAUUUCUCGUAUCUUGGAUCUACCGCUUCGAGGCACGAGGAUAUCGGAGCACUACGAUAAUUUGAAGAAGCAGCAGAACGACCCCAGGAGUAACAAUAACAACAACAAUAACAUCGUUCGUUACGCUGCGAGCAAAGAGCGCCAGCAACCGGACGACAAAUCGGCCGGAGAGACCAUCGUGACGAUCGAGCUACCGUGGAAUCCGAUCAUCAAGGCCGGAGCUCAGUCACCGGCAGCAGCCACCGUUGCACCCACCUCACUCUCCCCCCUCUCGUCGGUAACGGCCGGUGGAGAGCUGACCUGUGCGAUACCGGUGCUGCGCGUACAGUCCACCCGCGGACAUCAGUUCCCCGAGGCGAGCGAGCCCUUGCCAUCGACGCCACUACGUCACGUCAGUGGCACGACCACGAUCGUACUGACCGGCAGUGGCACCGUUCCAGCGGCGACCAGUGACAGCGAUCAAUCGUCGCUCAAGUGUCUGGAAACGCUUGCCGAAAAGGCGGGCAUUACCUUCGACGACGCGUACGACUUCCUACCCGACACGCUGGAGAAGUCCCAGAGCCCAGCGCAGGUGGCGCAGCAGGCCACCACCGUGCCCCUGCAGCUCUCCCAGGAGCAGCUGUUCCAGUACCAGCAGAUCUACGGUGGUACGAUCCAGGUGAAGCAGGAGUACAAUCCGACGCCCACCGGCCAGCCGGGUACGGGCGGCGUCGACCAUCAACAGCAGCAACAGCAGCAGGCUCAGCAGCAACAGCAGCAGCAACAGCAGCAACAGCAGCAGCAGCAGCAGCAGCAGCAAAACCAGCAACAGAUGCAGGUGCUAGCGGAGGCGAGUGGGGUUGCCCCGCCCCAGAGUCCACACCAUGCGCAAACGCUUCAGCAGCAAGCGCAACAGCAGCAGUCCGCUGCGGCGGCUGCAGCGGCUCUCAACACGAUGUCACCCCUGCAGGCGAUGGCCACCGGUCAGCAGUUGUCCUCGGCCGACUGGAACCACGGUCGCAUGGUCGUACAGCAGCCGAUCUCGAACGGGCCCUACCUCCAGCAGCUGUACGGCACGCAACCACUCGUGUUCCCUCCGCUCGCCGGGCAACAACAGUUCCAGCUCAUCACCUCGAAGCCGUUCCAGGGCACACCGCAGAUGCUGACCACCACCACCGGCAAGCAGGUGAUCGGGACGACCGGUGCCGGCAACUUUAACGGACAGGCGUCGUUCACCUUCUUCUCGCCGGUCAGCGUUGUCAACUCGCAGCCACAGGCGCAGGCACAAAAUCUGCUACCGGCACUAAGUGCCGCCUCACCGGCGGGCGUCGCUGCGGCCGGCACGAACAAACAGCCGGGCAGCGCUCAGCACCAACAGGACGUCCAUAAGGCGCUGGUCGCGGCGGCUGCCGUCGGGAACGCUUCCGGUCAGAAGAUGCAGCUGCAGAAGAUCGGAACGGCCACUGGCAUUGGCGGCCCGGCCGGUGCAAGCCAGCAGCAGAAUCUUGCAGCAGCCAUUACACAGCAACAGGCCGCGGCAGCGGCUGCAGCAGCCGGUGCUGCCGGCCAGCAGUGCGUGCAGGUCUCGCAAGCACCGAUGCAGACAGCGCAACUACUCAGCCCACUGCAACAGCAGGGCGCUCAGCAGAUGCAGUUCUCUCAGUGGCCACUGCAGGGACAAAUCUGGACCACACCGAACGGGCUGAUGGCAUCGAACCCGAUCAUUAUCCGUGGUACCAAUCCCGAUGGAACGCCGAAUAUGUUCAUACAGAGCUCCCAGCAAGCGCUUCCGCAAGCGGCACAGACACAUAAUCAAGCUCUUACACUGCCAUGCACCAUCACGCAAUCUCCACAGCAGGUGUCUCAGAUGCAACAGCAACAGGUCCAGCAACAGCAGCAGCAGCAGCAGCAACAACAGCAGCAAGUGGCCCAAGCAAAUGCCAACCAGAAUGCCUCCGGUACGGUUCAAACCCAACAGGGACAGCUCACGACGGCAACCGGUGGAUCACAAACAGUCGGUCAAACCGGUAUCGCAACCCUACAGGGUCAGAAAACCAUGGCCGGUACGUUGGGCACCAAGCAGGGCCAACGUCCCCAGAUCCUCCCGCAAGGCGCCUCCCCCAUUCGACCGUCGGUGUCCACCCAGACGGCCCAAGCUCAGCAGAAUCUACUCAACAAGAGUAACAAGAUGCGCACGAAGCAACCAUUGGUACGUCCCUCGGCACCGAUCAUCAAGACGGAGUUGGCGUCCGGUACGACGACAACGCAAAAGCUUGGCCAAACAACAAACCAGCAAACGACCACGCAGCAACAGCUGCAGCAGGUCGUUACCAGCAGUGGAAAGAUGGUACUGAUGAAUGCCGGUACGGCGCUAAAUCCCGCUGUUAUCAAUAUGCCCAUGAUGGGCGACAAUAAGCAGCAGCAGCAACAGCAGCUGCAGCUUCAGCAACAGAUUAAAACGGUUCAACAACAGCAGCAGCAGGCCAACCAGCAGCCGCAGCAUAUUUUGCUUCACCAGCAGCAGGCCAUGCUAACACAGCAAGUAAUGCAACAGCACCAGCAACAAGCGCAGCAACAACAGCAUGCGGCACAGCAACAGGCACAACAGCAGCAACUCCAACAACUGCAGCAACAGCUAUUCCAACAGACUGGGCAGGCAAAUCAAACAACGGCCCAGUUACUUUCGAACGCUGCCCAACAGGGUCAGCUCGUUCAGGCCGCUACCGGCGGCGCCCAGCAAGGCAACAUCGUCCAUCAACUGCUGUUCCAGCAAGGUCAGGGCAAUCAGCCGGGCAUGAUGAUCAACGUGUCCUCCGAUGCGUUGCUUCAGCAGCAACAACAGCAACAGCAUGUGCAAGCGCAGCAGCAGCAACAGCAUCAGCAGCAACAGCAGGCGCAGCAACAGGCACAACAGCAACAUAAUGCUGCCCUACAGCAGCUGGCCGGUCAACAGGUGGCGGCCGGAAAAGGUACCGCUGCGACCGCACAAAUGAUCAUGGCCGCAUCGUUAGGCCAAGCAGGAUCCGAUCGUGCCACAAUCGUCUCUCAGGGUGGACAAACACUCCAGAUUGAUCGCAAUCUGCUACCCGUGUCGAUUACCAGCAUGGCCGGAAACCCGAUCGUGGUGACCAGCAACGGUGCCACCAUCUCGCCCAUCCAUCAGGCGAAUCAGGCCAGCUCGACCAACGUGGUUGCCGGGGCGCUACAAUCGGCGCAGCAUCACCCUGGUCAAAUUCUGGUCUCCUCAAUGCCAAACGCUGUACACCACCAGGGUCCGAACCCGAUCGUUGCCAUGACGUCUUUGUCGGCCGCCCCGAUGUCGGUCGCCUCCAUCAUCAGCUCCGGUACGAUCCCAUCCAUCUCGUCCGGUGCCAUCACAACCACGGCCUCCCUCGGCCAUCCACAGGCGACGCUCGUGUCCUCGGGCGUUGGUGCGGUCACCACCAACAUGGCCACCAUCAAGGACAGCGACUCGAAGGCCAUCAGUGUAGCCAUGCACCAGCUGCAGCAGCUCUCGACACCGCAGAAACAGAUCCAACAGCAGCAAAUGCUGGACAGUAUGAAUGCACUUGCGGCGGCUACAUCUGGACCGGCCGUGGCUAAUGCUAACGCUGGCCUGACGACCAUGUUGACCGGCGGCACGGUGACCAUUCCCGGGUCGCCCGCGUCCUCGACGGCGGGCUCCAUGACUACGCUCAUGAAUGCCGCAGGCGUCAAGAUUCCGACAUCGGUGGCAACACCCACCGUAAUGGGUUCACCGCAGGCGCAGGCUUCGCUGGGUGGCGUUAAGCUGGGACUGUUCCAAAGCCCUACGCAGCAGCCACUACAAUCCACCGCAACCACCGACUCUCCGAUGAAGGAUAAAUCAUCCUCUGAUGCUAAUGGAAAAGAAUCAGAACAGACGUCGACCUCAACGGCUUCAACGACGGCAGACGGUGGAUCGGAUGCGCAAAUGAACGGAACCGGUAGCACUCCGAUGGAUACCACUCCGGCUGCGGCCGGAAACAGUUCGCCUGCAUCAUCGGCCGCAAAGUCGACCGGUACCGAUGCGACCUCAAACCCCGGUGCCGCAAAAGUUGCACCAUGCUUUCAGUCCAUGAUGUUCCACUUCCAACUGACAAACGCGGGCUCAUCCACAACCAACUCGAUCAACCAGACGAUCGCGUCCGUAUCUACGGCUACCACGACUUCUACGUCCACCGCGGCUCUGUCGUCUACGAGCGCCACCAGCGAGACUUCCUCAGCUACGACGGUUUCAACGGCCCCGCUAACGUCGUCCUCUUCUUCCACGGCUACUACCAACUCAACCACGACAAUGACGACGAGUUCGAGUAGCAGCGGAGACACGACGGUCAGCUCCAGUACGACUGCGACGUCGACGGCAACUCCGACGACAGCGAUCGCCGCCAUUACGGGCACUUCCGCUAUCCCGGUCAGCAACAUAGGCGCGAACGGUGUGCUCUCCACCGGUGCCAGCGUGGUGUUGGCUGGUACGACGGGCACCAGCUCGACGUCCUCGAGUCAAUCGCCAGGACUUCCACCGCCGGUGCAGACGAAGGCGGGCAGCAACGGCGACAAGGGAGGCAUCCCGAAGGCGACAAUCAAACCGAACGUGUUGACGCACGUCAUCGAGGGUUUCUUGAUACAGGAGGCCGAUGAGCCGUUCGCUGUGCAGCGCCAGCGUUACCCCGAGCGUGACAACUCCGACGAGCCACCGAAAAAACGUGCCACAAACGAGGGAAAUUCACCCCUUUCACCAUCGAGUCAGAGCGGAGACGGGUCGGGCAACUGCGAGGUAUGCGGCAAGAGCGAAUUGCGCAGCAAGAUGAAGCGCAAACGGUUCUGCAGCGUAUCGUGCGCCCGUUCGGCCAAACAAAACUCUACCGAUCAGAUUUCCUCUCCGGUGCAAAACGGAACGAGCUCGCCGGGAAUGCCACUGGGUGCGUUGGAGGCACAACCCGGCACGAAUGGAAGCACAACGGUCGAUCCUUCGAUCGUAGGCUCCAUGAAUGGGCUGCUCACGACGGCAGCCCCGGCGGUGGUUGUUUCCAGCGUCGACCCUUCACUGGGACAGCUGGCACACGGGGCAUUGCUUAACCCUGUGGCGGUCGGUGGUAUCCUUUCGGGCAUAAAACUCGAAAACCAUAUUGGCCAGGAGCAACAGCAGCAAUUGCAAAACAUGCUUCCCGCAAAUCCCGCAGCACUUGCCCAGCAGCUUCUUCAGCAGCAACAACAACAACAGCAGCAGCAGACCCCAACUCCAAUGCUGAUCGCGGAUGUACCUGCGCCCGUGACACCUGUUGCUGCGGCAGCUGCCGCUGCUGCCGCCGCCGCCAAUGCCGAAGAAGGCUCAUCGAUCCUGCGCUGGUCGGUGCAAGACGUGUACGAGUUUAUCCGUGGACUGCCCGGGUGCGCGGACUAUGCGGAAGAUUUUGUCAACCAGGAGAUCGACGGACAGGCCUUGCUGCUUCUGAAGGAAAACCAUCUCGUGAGCACGAUGGACAUGAAGCUUGGACCGGCGCUCAAAAUUGUCGCCCGGGUGAAACUCAUGAACACCACCAUUGCCGGUGGUACGCCGGAAGGACAGCAGCCGGGCGCGUGAGAGACACACGAGGAGCAGCCCUCGAACGAUAGGAAUCUCGAGCCGGCCGGAGAAGCUAGCUGUAAAUAGAACGUCGUUUGUAUAUAUGAACUUUCAUAAUGUCAUUUCGUUUCCGAGAUAAUCGUAUUUCGCAAAUGAGAAGAAAGCGGUCUGCCGAUGGUAUAGAUGAACUUCCAUAAUGUCAUUUUGUUUCCGAGAUAAUUUUGUCUCGGUUUUGAAAGAGGAGAAAGAGGAGAAUUGUCCCGUUCGUCCGUCGAAAUGUAUUUGAAUGUCGAUUUACAUUGAAUAUAUUUGUGCUGUCGGUGCCGAGAUGCACUGGACGGGCCCCGGAAUCGAUUAACUUUUAGUUGCUAGGGUCUGUUUCAAACGGAGCACGCAUUAUUAUGGCAGCCAAUACAGCUUGCGGAUGGAUGGAUGGACGGCGGUAGUUUAGUUGCACGUUAAUUUAUUUUACCCAUUAUCCUUAUUCGUUGAUAGGUUGUAAGUAUUCAUAGCUUGUAUCAUAGAUGAAAACACAAAACGGCGAGCGAACUGAUUAGAUUGGUCACUUAUAAGAAAGGAAAGCAAACAAGGCCAGAGAGUUAGGGGACACGAUGUGUGUUUCUUUGCGAUAUCUAUUCAUUGGCAGAAGGUUUUUUAAAAUAAUAAUUACAUAACGGUAAACUCCUGAACGCAGCAUCUCAUACGUAUAAGAAAAGAACUAAUGAACUAACCACGUACAAUUUGCAAGUCCCUAAAGCCAAGCACGAUAAAAUCUUUUAUCAUUCGUUUGUAUUGCGGUUUUGAUUCUACGCAAUAUUGUAUGUAGGGCUAAAGAUUUCGAUUAAUUUCUCGUUGAUUCGCCAUACGAUGGGUGGUUAUCGUAAAAGCACGAUACAAAUGCGCUCGGUGAAACGAAUUGACUAACAGAAAAGGAAAGCCAGAUAAUGGAAAGGCUUUUUGCGUUUUAGGGUUUAGAUAAGUCCAAGAAAUUUCAUACGUUCGAUGUAAGCUAAAAUAAAGGUAAAUGGACCAGCCAUGGA